CAUGUGACUCCAUGGUAAGGGCGAAACCGAGGCGUCAUUUUUCUGUCUAUCAGGAACACCAGUAACUCUGAUUGUUUUUACAAUUUUAUAUGAAAGGAUGUUUAGCUGACACAAUCGACAGGUUUUAUAGCAGACAAUAAAGUUAUUGUGAGCGGAAGAGUUAUCUUUUUCAAGCAGGGGCCAGCGGAGAAAGCUGAGGCCAGGUGAUCAAAAUGGCAGAGGUGGACCCAGAAACCCUGCUGGAAUGGCUUCAGAUGGGCCAGGGAGAUGAGAGGGACAUGCAGCUUAUUGCUUUGGAGCAGCUCUGUAUGCUAUUGCUUAUGUCAGAUAAUGUUGAUAGGUGUUUUGAAAGUUGCCCUCCUCGCACCUUCCUCCCUGCUCUUUGUCGCAUUUUCCUGGAUGAGUGUGCACCGGACAAUGUGCUAGAGGUGACUGCACGUGCCAUCACUUAUUACUUAGAUGUGUCUGCAGAAUGCACACGCCGUAUUGUGGCUGUAGAUGGAGCAAUCAAGGCCUUGUGCAACCGUCUUGUGGUGGUGGAGAUGUCUUCUAGGACUAGCAAAGAUUUGUCUGAACAGUGUAUCAAGGUGUUGGAAUUAAUCUGCACCCGUGAACCUGGUGCCGUAUUUGAUGCUGGUGGCUUGAACUGUGUGUUGACAUUCAUCCGAGAACAUGGCUCCAUGGUUCACAAAGACACCCUGCACUCCUCCAUGGCAGUGGUCUCCAGACUUUGUGGGAAGAUGGAGCCACAGGAUGCAGCACUUGAGUCAUGUGUGGAAUCUCUGUCUACUUUAUUAAAACAUGAAGACCAGUUUGUUGCUGAUGGAGCUCUCAGAUGCUUUGCAUCUUUGGCAGACCGCUUUACUCGCAGGGGAGUCGACCCAGCACCGCUGAACAAACAUGGCUUGAUUCAGGAAUUGCUACAGCGCCUGUCCCAGGCAGGGGGCCCAAAUUUGAAUGCGUCACUCUCCAGCACCCCAGGGGCUGCCAGUGCCACUCCUGACUCGAAGAGCAGCACUAGUGUGUCCACUGUGAUCAGCUUGUUGUCCACUCUGUGUCGAGGGUCACCAGGAGUCACUCAUGACUUGCUGCGCUCAGACAUGCCUGAAGCUAUUGAGAUGGCAUUGCAGGGGGAUGAGAGAUGUGUAUUGGACACUAUGCGACUGGUAGACCUGCUGUUUGUGCUGUUAUUUGAAGGCAGGAAAGCUCUGCCAAAGGCUGGUGUUAGCAGUCUCUCUAGUCGUAUUCCAGGACUGCGUAGAAUGGACAGUGCUGGUGAAAGAUCUCAUAGGCAACUCAUAGACUGUAUUAGGAGUAAAGACACAGAUGCCCUCAUUGAUGCCAUAGACAAUGGAAAUUUUGAAGUAAACUUCAUGGAUGAUGUUGGUCAGACAUUGUUGAAUUGGGCUUCUGCAUUUGGAACACAAGAAAUGGUGGAGUUUCUGUGUGAAAGAGGAGCAGAUGUGAAUCGAGGAUUAAGAUCUUCAUCUCUUCAUUAUGCAGCUUGCUUUGGUAGACCAAACAUAGUCAAGACUCUUUUGCGAUAUGGGGCCAAUCCCGACCUCAGAGAUGAAGAUGGGAAGACCCCCCUUGAUAAAGCCAGGGAGAGGGGAGACGAGGGGCACAGAGAGGUCAUCAGAAUACUUCUGUCACCAGGUGACUGGAUGAUUCCAGCCUCCAGCAGAGAGAGCUCCACCUCCAGUAUAGGUGAGAGUGCCACUGCCACAGGUGCCCCUCCAGCAGUAGAUACUCCAGGCACCCUGGGGGAUCCGCUUCUUGAUGAACAGGAGCAACAACAGAGACAGCAACAACAGCAGCAACAACAACAACAGCAGCAGCAACAACAACAGCAAAUGUUACAACAACAACAGCAGCAGCAACAACAACAGCUGAAGAAAGAGGAGCCAGAGGAACCUCAAGAACCCAAAGGGGAUCCAGAAAUGGCACCCGUGUACCUGAAAGCUCUGUUGCCUAUCUUUACUCAAGUCUACCAAAGUACAAUGUUACCUUCAGUCAGGAAAGCCAGCCUUGCUCUCAUCAGGAAGAUGGUUCAACACACCUCAGAGAAUGUCAUGGUAGAUAUCUGCAAUGCAGGCUCCACCUUUCCCACACUGCUGGUUGAGGUCAUUGCUAUGGUGUUGGACACUGAGGAUGAUGAUGAUGGCCACAACACAGCACUUCAGAUAAUAGAGGACCUUGUCAACAAAGGGCGUGACUGUUUCCUGGAACACUUUGCUAGGCUGGGGAUCUUCAUCAAAGUGCUGAACCUGGCAGGACCUCCUCCAGAGGAAGAAGAGAGGAUCAGAGCCAGGGAAGAGAAGAUGGAGCAAGAGUCCCAGCUGGAAGAUGCCAAGGAGGUGAUCCAGGGGAAGGCUUACCACUGGAAAGACUGGUGUGUGGCCAGAGGGAGGGACUGUCUCUACAUCUGGAGUGAUGCUGCUGCAUUGGAGUUGUCUAAUGGCAGCAAUGGCUGGUUCAGGUUUAUACUGGAUGGUAAACUGGCCACCAUGUACUCCAGUGGUAGCCCUGAAGGUGGCUCAGAUAGCUCAGAAAACCGAGGAGAGUUCUUAGAGAAACUUCAGAGGGCCAGAAGUAUGGUGAAGAGUGGCACUCCUAGUCAGCCAAUCCUCAGCAGCAUUGGACCCACACGUCUUGUAGUGGGCAACUGGUCUUUGGCCUGUAGGAAGGAGGGGGAGAUACUGAUACAUAACUCUGAUGGUCAACAGGCUACAAUUCUUCGAGAAGAUUUGCCAGGUUUUGUGUUUGAGUCAAACCGUGGCACUAAGCACACCUUCACAGCAGAGACGUCCCUGGGGCCAGAGUUUGCCUCGGGCUGGGCUGGGAGGAAGAGCAAGAAGUUGAAAAGCAAAGUGGAAGCUAUAAAACAAAAGGUGAAGACCAUGGCUAGGGAUAUCUAUGAGCAGCACUUCAGAGCAGCCCAGGCUACACCAAGAGGAGUGGUAGCCAGGCUACACAGCAUUGUACAGCUGCUGGACUCAGCUUGUCUCAAGCAUGCAGGCCAAAUAAAGAUUACAGAGGGAGAGCCUGACUGGGUCCAGGACAUGAAAACUGCACUGGAUGACCUGUCUGAGCUGUUGAAGGACGAUCACACAGUGUCUGCCUUUGAGCUCCACAGCAGCGGAUUAGUACAGGCCCUGCUCAACUGUUUGAAUGGUCUACACGAUGUGACUGAUAAUCCAAAAUUAGCCUUGGAGAGAAUACACAUGUUUAUGCAUGUGUUUAAAGAAUCAGAUUACAGUGUUAACCCAGCCACUGCUCUUGUAAGAAAACUCAUAUCUGUGUUAGAGUCUAUAGAAAAACUCCCAAUAUUUAGUUAUGAUAUUCUUGGAACUGGAUAUGGUUUACAGAUCCUCACUCGACGUUUGAGAUUCCGUCUUGAAAGAGCACCUGGAGAGACAUCUUUGAUUGACAGAACAGGCAGAAAUUUGAAAAUGGAACCUCUUAGUAAUGUGGACCAAGUGGAGAGAUAUCUUUUGAAAAUGGUUGCCAAACAAUGGUAUGACUAUGAUAGGUCUAGUUUUACAUAUGUGAAAAAGCUCAAAGAACCAGAUGCUAAAUUUUCAUUCUCACAUCAAAGGGAUUUUGAUGAGAAUGGUGUGAUAUACUGGAUAGGAACUAAUGCCAAAUCAGCAUAUGAGUGGAUCAACCCAGCACAGUAUGGCCUGGUGGUGGUGACAUCCUCUGAGGGGAGAAACCUGCCCUAUGGAAAGCUGGAGGAUGUCCUCAGCAGAGAGCCGUCUGCUCUGAAUUGCCACACUAAUGAUGACAAGAGUGCAUGGUUUGCCAUAGACUUGGGCGUGUUUGUGAUCCCCACAAGUUACACACUGAGGCAUGCUAGAGGAUAUGGAAGGUCUGCCCUGAGAAACUGGGAGUUCCAGGUGUCCAAAGAUGGCACCACAUGGACAACCCUGUAUAAACAUGAAAAUGACGCCUCACUCAAUGAACCAGGGUCCACUGCCAGCUGGCCUCUAGAGCCCCCUGCAGAAGAGAAGCAAGGCUGGAGACAUGUACGCAUCUUACAGUGUGGGAAGAAUGCCAGUGGACAAACUCACUACUUGUCUCUAUCUGGCUUUGAAAUAUAUGGAACUGUCACAGGGGCUUGUGAUGAUGUCGGUAAAGCAGCCAAAGAAGCAGAGGCAAACUUGCGACGUCAGCGUAGACUGCUGCGCACUCAGGUGCUGAAGCAGAUGGUGCCCGGUGCUCGUGUUGUGCGUGGCAUGGACUGGAAGUGGAGAGACCAAGAUGGCAAUCCACCAGGAGAGGGGACAGUUACAGGGGAACUGCAUAAUGGUUGGGUUGAUGUGACCUGGGAUGCAGGGGGAUCUAAUUCCUACAGGAUGGGUGCAGAGGGCAAAUAUGACCUUGCCCUUGCCCCAUCUCACGAUCCAGAGAAGCUCCGCCACACCUUGUCUCAGAAACCCGAGGGAGCCAUGGCCCCUGCUAGAAUGAAGUCUAAUAAUCCAGAUGGUGCUAAACAGAAGUUACAGACUAGUGUGUUAACCAGCAGGAAGAGCAGUUCCACCCCUAGUCUCAGUGAUGUGGCGGAGGCUAAAUCUUCUGUGGCCUGUACAGAGCAAGCAGCAUCUGCAGAGAAUCUGACUGCAAGAGUGAAAAGUACUGCAGAAAGUGUAGCAGAGAGUGUCCUAAACCUGGCCACCUCGGAAGCUGUGGUCAUGGUGACAGUAGACCCAUCAGAUGGCAGCACUAGCAGUAGUACCACCAGCACUGAGAGUAGCACUGUCAGCAGCAGUAGUACCACCACCAGUGCUGGCACUGGCCCUUCUACUCAGGAGACAGCUGCAGAAGUACACAGCGAAGAAGGUCUUGCAGAUAUGGCAUGUGCUCCCUUGGACAACUCGGAUCUUGGAGCUGUAGCUGCACUGCCUGAUAACAGCAAUGAGAAAAAACCAGAGAAAGUACAGACCAUAAGAGUUGGAGAGAAGGUUAAAGUGUCAGAGGUUGUCAGAGACAAGCCUCCUAAGGUAGACAGAAAGUCGUCUGACCCCCAGGCCCAGGCCUGGCCCACCUCUACCAGCCCCAUGAGUGUCAGUGUGCCAAAUCUUACCAGUAAUAUGGAACAGACUGUCAAUUUGCUGGAGUCCUUUGCCGCCGUUGCCAGAAGAAAUGUUGCUGGUGGCAGCGGUGGGGGAACAGGCAGUCUCAGUCGUACUAGCGCUAGUAGUCUAGUAAGACUAGCUCUGCAAGGAAAUCUCAGUAACUUGUUAAGUACAGCUCAAAGCUUCCCCAACCUCAAUACAAGUGGAACCAACACCACCUCCAGCCCUACCACCUGUAGUAACGUGACCUCCCUGAGCCAGGCACUCACCAUGAGCCUGGCCUCCACCUCCAGUGAGAGUGACAAUGAUUUCCUGGAGACCUGUAGAGCCACCACCUUGCUGGCUGAACUGGAGGAUGAUGACGAGCUGCCAGAGCCAGAUGAUGACACAGAUGAGAACGAGGAUGAUAAUGAAGAGGAUGAUGACUUAUAUGAGGAUGUCAUGGAGGAAGAAGAGUAUGAUACAAGGAACAGCCGUAGAAGGACGUGGGAUGAUGAGUUUGUACUGAAAAGGCAGUUCUCAGCACUGAUCCCAGCAUUUGACCCCAGGCCUGGUAGAACCAAUGUACUUCAUACACAAGACUAUGAAAUACCACCCCCAGGAACAGAAAGGCAGCAGUCCAGUGAGGAGACAGACCCAGUGCCUCAGCCCAAACUGGCACUUUACUUGAAAGGACCUAAUUUGCCAGGGAUGCCUGAUGGUGAGAUCUACAUGGCUGACCCCAAGGCAACCAUUUUCAAGUAUGUUCAGCUGUUACUGUUGCAAGCCCCUGGAGCCAACAAAAGUGAAAGACUGAAGAGAAUUUGGGAACCAACGUACACAUUGGUGUAUAAAGAAUUAAAGGAAGGUGAAGGCAGGCUGGACUUGGAAAACACAGAGGGACGUUGGUCCAUAUCUUAUGUUGAGCGCCAUCUAGGGACAGAUCUCCUUCCCAAAUUGGAGGUCAUUGACUAUUUGCGUCAGAAUGCUGAUGAGGCAUUCCUGCUGCGCUGGAAACUGGUUGGCACCAGCAAAAACAUUAAAAAGAGUCGGAACUGUGCUCAAUUGGUGGCUGCAUAUAAGGAAUUUUGCCAAAGUGGAUCUAAACUCAGCCAAUCAUUGGAAGAUCAAAGCACCCGGGAGCGGCUGAUAAGUGAGGCUGAGCAGCCCAAUAGCAAUGACCCAUCAGCCUGCAGCGUAGAAGACGUGCUUCGUCUUCUCCAGCUCCUGUAUGCUAUCUCCCUGGAAGAAAAGCAUGCUGGGAUGUGGACAGAGGAAGAAUAUUCUCAAUUUAAUCUUCCUUCUGAAGAGUUCAUCAGCAAGAAAAUUACUAACAAACUGGUUCAACAAGUACAGGAUCCUCUAGUAUUGUCCAGCAAUGCUCUUCCUGACUGGUGUGAGAAACUGACCAAGUGGUGUCCCAUGCUCUUCCCCUUUGACACCAGGCAGCUGUAUUUCACCACCACUGCCUUUGGCACUUCAAGAGCUAUUGUUUGGCUGCAGAAUAAGAGAGAUGCUGCUCUUGAUCGACACAGAGGGCCAUCGCCAAGAAGAGACGAUGGCCAUGAGUUCCGUGUGGGUCGCCUUAAACAUGAACGAGUAAAAGUUCCAAGAGGAGAACAGCUUCUAGACUGGGGAAUGCAACUCAUGAAGUAUCAUGGAGAAAGAAAAGCUGUGUUAGAGAUUGAGUUUGUAGAAGAGGAGGGCACUGGGCUUGGCCCCACCCUGGAGUUCUAUGCCCUGGUGGCAGCAGAGUUCCAGAGGAAAGACUUGGGCAUGUGGUUGUGUGAUGAUGAUAUACCUGAUGAUUUGGCUAGAGAGGUUGACAUUGGUGAAGGUGUAAAACCACCAGGAUAUUAUGUCCAGAAAGUAUGCGGUUUGUUCCCAGCUCCUCUCCCUCAAGAAGGCUCAAACAUCUCAAAAGUGGAACAACUCUUCCAAACUCUGGGCACAUUCUUAGCCAAAGCAAUUCAGGACAAUAGACUUGUGGAUAUCCCAUUAUCACGACCAUUCCUUAAACUCAUGUGCAUGGGCGAGGUGGGCAGCAAUCUGACUCAGCAGUACUACGAGCUCACAACACAGAAAGACAGUGAUGUAGAUAUGCGAUCAGAACCAUCCUACGAUGAGUCUGAUCUGAUCUCAAGUGUCGAGGACUUGCAGAUAGACAAGGAGCUGAUCCUCGAUCCUCCCAAGCACAGGACUGUGGUGGCCCCUGCCUGGUACACUGGGCUCCUGACACAGGAGGACUUUGAACUGGUCAAUCCUCACAGAGCAAGAUUUCUAAGACAGCUAAAAGACUUAGCACAGAGAAAAUAUGAAAUUGUCAAUGACAAUAAACUGACAGAAGAUCAGAAAAAUACUAUGUUGCUGGAGUUGGCUUUGGAGAACCCAUCUGGAGAGGGACCCCCUGUCAAGCUGGAAGACUUGGGGUUGACUUUCCAGUUCAACCCGUCUUCCAAAGUCUAUGGCUUUACAUCAGUGGAUAUCAAACCAAAUGGAGAGGAUGAGGAGGUGACAUUGGAUAAUGUAGAGGAGUAUGUGGAGCUGGUGACUGAUUUCUGUCUUAACAAAGGCAUCAGGGUACAGAUGGAGGCUUUCAGGGCUGGUUUUUGCCGUGUGUUCCCCAUGGAGAAGCUGCAUUCAUUCAGUCCGUCUGAGCUGAUGUUGAUGUUGUGUGGAGAUCAGGCACCUGUCUGGUCCCGGGAGGACAUCCUGCAGUUUACAGAGCCCAAACUGGGAUACUCAAGAGAAAGUCCAAGCUUCCAGAGGUUUGUCAAUGUUCUGGUUGGUAUGUCAGGAGAUGAAAGGAAAGCCUUCUUACAGUUCACAACAGGUUGUUCUUCACUGCCACCAGGGGGCCUUGCAAACCUGCAUCCAAGACUGACUGUAGUGAGAAAAGUGGACACAGAGAGCAGUGCUGAUGGCAGCUACCCUUCUGUUAAUACAUGUGUGCAUUAUCUGAAGCUGCCAGAAUACUCUUCAGAAGAAGUAAUGAGGGAGCGGUUGCUGGCAGCAACAAGAGAGAAAGGCUUCCAUUUGAACUGAGGGAAGAAGGGGUGGAGGGGGAGAGUUCUGUUAUGUAUAUGAAAGGUUUAAGUGUGACACAUGUCAAUGGUUCUCAUUUGUUUAUUGGGCCUGCUUUUAUGUAGCCACAUUGAAGGAUGGGUAGAUCUUUUUACAUGAUUUGUGACUGCAAGGAUAAUCAAGUCUGGCAAACUAGUGGCAAUUCAGCACAAAGUUGAGGUCAAUUACCAAGAACAUUUUCUUUUUUAUACCUAAACAUGCUUAAUUGUGUGAAAUAUGUAUUAUGCAACACAAUACAUUUAAACAGUGUAAUUUUUUUUUGUUUUACUGAAGAGAAUCACUGCAGUUAAAAGCUAUAUAGUGUGUGAUUGCCAGUAUCUUUUAAAGCCUGUGCAAUGUUAUAUAUGGUCUACUUUGUGUAGACAGCCAUUUAGUCUGAUAAUAAAUAUUUAUCAGUUU